CGGCUGUCUCUUGGUGAGUAUUUUAUUCGGGGAGUUGUCGGGGCUCCGAUCAGCGUUUUGGUUCCGUGGCGCCUGCCCAUUGGCAAAGUCCCGCUUCCUCCGCCAUCACUCUAAAUGUAGAAGGGCGGGACGCCGGCGCGCCUCAUCGCGCCUAGACGCCAGCGACGCGUCUCUCACAGACACAAGAAUGUCGGUGCCGUCCUCGCUGCCCCCGCAUGGGCCAUCUAGCGCGCUACCGUUCGCCAAGGCACUCGACACGCUUGCCCAGGUCCUGCCGCCGAAGCUGCUCAAACCGCGCGUCGGCAUCGUAUGCGGCUCUGGCCUGAGCACGCUCGCCAAGAGCCUCCGCGAUGUCGUCGAGGUACCGUAUGAAAAGCUCGCAGGUUUCGGGACGAGCACCGUGCAGGGACAUCGCAGUGCGCUGGCUUUCGGGCUCGUGGGCGACGUGCCCGUCGUGGCCAUGCUCGGACGGUUCCACCCAUACGAAGGCCAUCCCUUGCGCACGGUCACGUAUCCGAUCCGGCUGCUCGCGAAACUCGGUGUGAAGGAGCUCCUCGUCACAAACGCCUCGGGCGCGCUCAACCCAAGCUACGACGUCGGAUCGAUCGUGCUCAUCGCCGAUCACGUCGCGAUCCCAAACCUCGCGGGCCCGCUCAAUGCGCUCUUCGGCCCGACGAUCAGCCCUGAUUACCCGCGCUUCGUCCCUCUCAGCGACGCGUACAGCCGGCGUGUGCGCAAAGAGGUGAUGCGCGCCGCGUACGAGCUCGCGAAGGAGGGGGGUACGUACGCCUACGUCUCAGGCCCAACAUACGAGACGCCCGCCGAGGGUCGCUUCUUGCGCGCCGCGGGCGCAGACGUCGUCGGCAUGAGCACCGUCCCUGAAAUUUUGGCUGCACGGGAAGAAGGCAUCGAGGUCGUCGUGCUCAGUCUCGUGACGAACAAGGCCGUCGUCGGCGAGAAGGAGGACGGGUGGGUGGGGGAGGAGAUUCUCGACGAGAUCAUGGGCGAGGUCGCGCCGCCGAAGAUCCAGGAGACCGUCUCGCAUGAAGAGGUCCUUGAAGUCGGCCGCCGCCGCGCAGAGGUCAUGCGGCUGCUCGUCGAGCGGGUCGUCACGCGGCUGGGUGCCACUUAGAUUGCUGCUUAGUCUUUAGAUUGCAACCGAGAGGACGCGCUGGAGAUUAUAUUCUGGUUACUACAUAAGAACGACAUAUACUGGAGCAAUGGAAUAAAUGCGCAUUAUAGAGAUUUAGACUCUGGAUAGGCGGCGCCAAUGCACCGGUGCUGGAGGCGGUUCGGACAAAAUUUGCCCUGUUUGCGCAACGUGUGCUACUAGCGGGGCAACACUUCUUCGGCGGUCGACGGAUGUGCCGUCUCAUUCGUACCCGCUCCUCGAAAGAGCCCAAUACUAGUCUGUGGAGAUUUUCAUUGGUAGG